CACAACACCACAAGACUUCGACUUCUUGCAUUGUAUAUUCCCCGCUUGACCUUUUUCUACUUUUUAAUAUACCAUGUCUAGCCGCGCAGCAGCAUUAGCAGAGCUGCGAAAGAAUCGCGCGGGUGGAAAGACGCGUCUUUCCUCUUACCAGGUCGCCGAGGAAGAGCAAUUGUACGAUGAGGUGGACGAGGAAGGCUACAAGAAGGUUGUGAGAAACCGGCUGGACCAAGACGACUUCAUCGUCGACGACAAUGGCGAAGGAUAUGUCGAUGAUGGGCGAGAAGACUGGGAGGUCGAUGCCGCGACCGAGAGCGAAGAGGAAGAGGACCGCCCCGCCAAAGGCAAAGCGGCAAAGAGGAAGCGCGAAGAAGAUGAAGAAAGCAAGCGAAAGCGAGACACCGGCAUCAGCAAGUACUUUAGUGCGAAAGCAGCUGCGCAGGCUCCGAAAGCGAAGCCCGUGGCCACCGCUGCCGACCAAGAUUUCAUGGCCGAUCUGCUCGGUGAAAUCGAUACAAAUAAAUCGCGAUCACAGCCCCGCAUACGCCCGGUAAAGAACGAGUCACGAAGAAAGACCCGUCUGCUAUCUCCACCGAUAUCAGAAAACCGACAGAGCGCAAACAAGAGGCCUGCCAAUGGCUCCGACGCGUACAUGCCCGAUACCCCUCCAGCAGAAAACGCGUACGACGAAGAUCCGCUGCCUAUCAUAGACGAUGAUGUCCCCAUGAGCGAUCCACUGCCGUCCUCUCCAGUUGCGAAGGCCAUGGAGCGCAAGGCGCAACCUUUGGUCAAGGUUGAGGAAGAAGAUGAGGACCUGCUGGAAGUGGCACAGCCCAUCGGCCGUACUGGAAUUUCUUCAGCCAGCGUCAACAUGACAGGGAAGCGACCGGUAGCGAAGAUCCUGAAGCCUGAGUAUCCCACCCCUGCGAGUUCUUCUCCACCACGCCCAGCUCCAGCUAUCGAUGCUUCUACAUGGAACGAUGUGACGAACAAGCUCAACGUUCAGAGCAGUCCGGCUCCUGCUAUUACCAGUAGCGUCGGCAAGUUGAAACCCGAAGCCGCGCUUGAAGACGAUGGCAGUCUACGCAUGUUUUGGAUCGAUUAUACUGAGAUCAAUGGAAGCCUGUGCUUGUUCGGGAAAGUUAAAGACAAGAAUACGGGCAACUACGCCAGUUGCUUUGUAAAGGUCGAUAAUAUCCUCCGCAAGAUGUACUUCUUACCUCGCGAGACCCGUCUAAAGAAAGGACAGCAUACCGAUGAGGAAGUUGAAAUGAGCGAUGUUUAUGAAGAGGUGGACAACCUGAUGAGCAAGCACCGCGUCACUAUGCACAAGAUCAAGCCUUGCACGAAGAAGUAUGCUUUUGAGCUGCCGGACAUCCCGAGGGAAGCUGACUACCUCGAGCUGCUGUACGGAUACGAUAAGAUGCCCCUUGCGCAAGACCUCACCGGCGAAACAUUCUCACAUGUCUUCGGCACGAACACUGCACUCUUCGAACAGUUCGUGCUCGGAAAGAAGAUUAUGGGGCCCUGUUGGCUGAAGAUUGACACGGCGGACUUCAACUCGAUCAAUAAUGCAUCUUGGUGCAAACUUGAAGCCCUCGUCACCAAACCCAACAAUAUCACCGUGCUGGACAACUCGGACAAUGUAGAAGCGCCGCCUCUCACAUUAAUGAGUAUCUCUCUACGAACGAAAUUCAACGCCAAAGACAACAAGCAGGAGAUCUUGAUGGCGAGUGCCAUGAUUUACGACAACUUCUCGCUCACAGAUACAACGCCAGCGGAUCAGUUGCCGUGCAAAAGCUUUACUAUCAUGCGACCAAACGGCGAUAAUUAUCCAGCCGGUUUUAAGAUGGAAGCUGAGAAGCAGAAAGGAACCAUCAUGAUGAAAAAGACCGAACAGGACUUGCUAAGCUAUUUCAUGGCCAUGUUCCAGCGUCACGAUCCAGAUGUCCUCAUCGGCCACCGUCUAGACGAUGUGGACUACAGUACCCUGCUCAACCGAAUGCGCGAAAAGAAGACACCUGGUUGGCACCGCAUUGGCCGGCUCCGGAGGAGCGAUUGGCCCAAAACCAUGGGGAAGGGUGGCGGUAGCUUUUUCGUUGAAAGGCAGCUGGCCGCUGGACGUCUUCUCUGUGAUCUGGCCAAUGACCUCGGAAAAUCUCUGAUGACCAAGUGCCAGUCAUGGAGCUUGGAAGAGAUGUGUCAACUUGUGCUCAACAAGCGCCGUCAAGAGCUUGACAACGAACAGGCCUUGAGUUCAUGGGCGACUACUAAAGACGGUCUGAUGAACUACGUCAAACACUGCCAAGCUGACGCGUUCUUUAUCGCCGCCAUAUCAAUCAAGGUCCAAGCGCUGCCUCUCACCAAAGUUCUGACUAACCUGGCGGGCAACUCCUGGGCUCGUACCUUGAGUGGUACUCGUGCUGAGCGAAACGAGUACAUUCUGCUACAUCAAUUUCACAACGAGAAUUAUAUUUGUCCGGACAAGGUUUGGGGCAAAGGCAAACAGAAAGAAGUGGAAGAAGCCGCUGAAGGUGAAGAGGGUGCCGACGCCAAGAAGAAGGACAAGUACAAGGGUGGUCUUGUCUUCGAGCCAGAGAAGGGCUUGUAUGACAAGUUCAUCCUGGUUAUGGACUUCAACUCUCUAUACCCUAGCAUCAUCCAGGAGUACAACAUUUGCUUCACCACUGUCGAUCGUUCGGAUCUUUCCGAGGAAGACGACAAGGUACCGGAAGUCCCUAGCGAGGAUCUAGAACCUGGCAUCCUUCCCAAACUCAUUAAGACGCUCGUAGAUCGCCGAAGGGAAGUUAAGAAGCUGAUGAAGGACCGCUCCGCCACUUCAGAUCAGCUCGCGACGUGGGACAUCAAGCAACUUGCCCUGAAACUCACUGCCAACUCUAUGUACGGAUGUCUCGGUUACACCAAGUCGCGAUUCUACGCCCGACCGCUCGCUGUACUCACCACCUACAAAGGUCGUGAGACUCUGCGCAAAACGAAAGAAAUGGCAGAGGAGAAGAUGUUGCGCGUCAUUUAUGGUGAUACCGACUCUGUAAUGAUCAACACCAACGUCGACAAUAUCCAGGACGCUCUGAAGAUCGGAAAUGAGUUCAAGAAAGAAGUCAACGACAGCUACAGGCUUUUGGAGAUCGAUAUCGACAAUGUCUUCCGCCGCAUCCUUCUUCACGCUAAAAAAAAGUACGCUGCCAUCAACAUGGUCCCUGUGGAUGGAAAAUACAUUGAGAAACUGGAAGUAAAGGGCCUUGAUAUGAGGCGAAGAGAAUACUGCGCCUUGUCCAAGGAGACCUCGACUGAACUUCUGAACUUUCUGCUCUCGGGCGAAGACCCGGAAACUGUUGUUGAAAAGAUCCACGAGUACUUGCGAACACUGAGCGAAAAUAUGCGCGCCCACACCAUUCCCGCUCGCAAGUACACAAUCUACACACAACUCGGGAAGAACCCCAAGGACUAUCCCAACGGCAAUUCGAUGCCCUCCGUACAAGUUGCUCUUCGUCUGAUGGAGAAGGGCAAGCAUGUCAAAGCCAAAGACGUCAUGAGCUUCAUCAUCACAGGUGAAAGCUCUGGCAGCGCCGAAGCCGCGGCAAAGAACGCAUACCCUGUCGAUGAAGUGCUCAAGGAGGGUAGCGAACUGAAGCCAGACAUCGACUACUACUUGCACAAGCAGAUCUUGCCGCCAGUCGAGCGUCUCUGCGCCCCUAUCAGCGGCACCAAUAUUACCAUGCUCGCGGCCUGCCUCGGUCUCGACACUACCAAAUACCGUGUCUCCACUGCUUCCGGAUCAGGAAAUGCGCAAGAUGUCGAGAUCCAGCCGCUAGAGUCGCAGAUCCCCGACGCCGUCCGUUUCCAGAAUUGCACGCCCUUAUACCUCCGCUGCCGGGCAUGCCGCUCUACGUUCCCGUUCCGAGGUAUCGCAUCGCGCACAUCGACAACCACGCUUGGCCAUAAUGGCAUCACAUGUCCCAAGGCAGAAUGCAAGCAGGUUCUGGCUACACUGAGUAUCGUUGCCCAACUGGAAUCUUCCAUCCGCCAGACUCUCGCCUCGUACUAUGCCGGCACACUGAAAUGUAACGAUCCUGACUGCUCCUGCACCACGCGCUCGAUGUCCGUGUACGGUCACCGCUGCCUGGGACCGAAGGGCCUUGCGAAGGACUGUUUGGGCAGGAUGGCGUAUAUUUACUCUGAACGGGACAUCUACAACCAGAUGCUGUACUACCAGUCACUCUUCGAUACCGAGCGCCUAGGCAAGGAAGCGAGCGGUGUCAACGGUGUGAAGAUUGAAGGCGAGGCGGAGAGCAGAGAGAAGAUGAGGGUGUUGGCAGAGGUCAACAGGGAGAUGCUAGCAACAUUGAAGGGAGUUGUCAGUGGGUGGUUGGAGAAGAACGGAAGACAAUGGGUACAGAUGGACAGGCUUUUUGGAUUUGUUGCGAAGCGGUCGUAGCGUCGGGGGGAGAUGUGCGGCUGGCCUUCUUUGCAUUUUCCGGCGUUUGGGUUCUCAUGCGGCGUCUGGGCGAACGCCACCCGGCCUGAAG